AUGGCAAUAUAUAAACGCAAGAUCACCGUCUCGGAUGGCGAGAUAACAAAUGCUGCUCAUCUCACGUUGAGACAGUCAUUUCUGCCAAACUGCUUGGUCACCAUUCUUUUCUUCCUCUGGGGUUUUGCUUAUGGUCUUCUGGAUGUUUUGAACAGCCAUUUCCAAACAACCCUGAAUAUCACCGCAUCUCGGUCCUCCGGCCUCCAAGCUGCUUAUUUCGGAGCGUAUUUCCUCUGUCCUCUGACAGUCUCGGGAUGGAUUCUGCGCCGAUUUGGUUUCCGAGUCACUUUCAUGACCGGACUUGCCGUUUUGGCAGUCGGAUGCCUCCUCUUUUGGCCUAGCGGCGUGAAGAAAUCAUUCGGCGGUUUUUGCGGCAGCAUGUUCGUGGUCGGCGCCGGAUUGAGCACGCUCGAGACGGCCGCAGAUCCGUUCCUCGCCAUCUGCGGUCCUCCAAGAUACAGUGAAGUCCGAUUAAACCUGGCUCAAGCUGUUCAAGGUGUAGGCAGCUUCGUUGCUCCUUUGUUGGCGAGCAGAGUCUUCUUCGCUCACACGAUCAACACUGACCAGGGAUUAAAAAAUGUGCAAUGGACUUAUCUCGGAGUGGCCUGCUUUGUCGGCUUGCUCAUUAUCCUCUUCUUUUUAGCUCCUUUCCCCGAAAUUACGGAUGCGGAUAUGCACCACCAAGAACAUGUCAUCGCGGAAUACAAUCCCGGUCCACUCCGCAAACAAUAUACCUUAUUCCUGGGUGUCUGGUGCCAAUUCUGCUACGUUGGCGCCCAAGUCGCGGUGGCAGGAUACUUUAUCAACUUCGUGAAAGAGACAGGCCGUUCCGCAUCGACCGCAUCGGACCUGCUGGCUGCGGCGCAAGGCAUUUACGCCGCCAAUCGCUUCAUUGCCGGCUUUCUCAUGAUGAUUCCCGCCGUCAAACCACGGUACAUGCUCACCAUCUACCUGGGCAUGUGCUGCGUGUUGGCCCUCGUUGCAGCCCUGACCCGCGGCAGCACGUCCGUUGGAUUCCUUAUGAUGGUCUUCGUGUUUGAAUCUUGCUGCUUCGCGACCAUUUUCACCAUGUCGCUGCGCGGUUUGGGAAAGCACACCAAACGUGGAGGAUCGUGGCUUGUUGCGGCCAUCUCGGGUGGUACGGUUUGGCCCAGCAUGACCGGGGCGGUGGUGACUGCUCGCAACGCGCAUAUCGCCAUGCUCAUCCCCAUGACCGGAUACAUUGUCGGGAUGGUUUUCCCCAUCUAUGUCAAUAUUUGGCAACGUGACAGGAUGGACACACAUCGCGCGACGGAGGUUGGCAUCGUCGUUCCCAACGACAAGGAACUUGAGCUCGAGAGAAACCGGAGCGUGGAUGAUAAGCCUCAGGCCGUGGAAAUCAGGGAGGCAGAUCUCAAGUGA